CUUUUCUUUAACCGUAGCCGGGUCAAACACCGUUCCACUUCGUUUCCUUCUAAAUCGAUCGAAUUGAAUACGAGCUUUUGGUUCUCAUUUCUUUUUCUCAUUUCUUUCUUUCAUAUUCCUACAUACCAUUAAAGGAGAAGUCUCAAGUAACACCAAAUACUUUUCUGUCAUUUAUCCAGGUCGUCAGGUCGUCAGGUCGUCAUGGCAGCAAAGAUGGAAAUGGAAGCUGCACCGACAGAGCAGACGAAUACGUCAACGGCAUUUACAUCUUCUGCGUUCGACAGCGACCUGCAUCGUAGCUCAGCCAGUUCUCAAGGUGGCCUACGUGCGCUGAUCAGUAAAGACAAAGUCUUACAUAGCCUCGCUAUGGAUGAGUAUUUCAAGCACUGGGAAAACAAAAAUGUCGAGAAUGAAACAGAGGACAUGAGACGAGCCCGGAGAAAGGACUAUUCCAGCUUGACCAGGCAAUACUACAACCUGACCACCGACAUCUACGAGUAUGCUUGGGGCGAGUCGUUGCACUUUUGUCGCUUUGCCCGUGGCGAGAGCUUCUCGCAGGCUAUAGCUCGCCACGAACACUAUCUUGGGGCCUGCAUCGGCAUCAAGGAAGACAUGAAGGUCCUGGAUGUCGGAUGUGGUGUGGGAGGACCAGCUCGGGAGAUGGUGAGGUUCACUGGUUGCCAUGUGACGGGGUUGAAUAUCAGCGAGUACCAGCUCAAACACGCCGAGAAGUACAGCAGGAGGGCGGGACUUUCGCAUAAGCUCGAAUUCGUCCAAGGCGACUUUAUGGCGAUGCCGUUCCCAGAUUCCUCAUUCGACGCUGUAUAUGCCUUCGAAGCAACGGUACAUGCUCCCUCACUCGAAGGGGUCUAUAAGGAGAUACGCCGUGUUCUGAAGCCAGGAGGCGUGGUUGGCAUCUACGAAUGGCUGUUGACGGAGGAGUAUGAUAACGACAACCUGGCUCAUCGCCGCAUCCGUGUCGAUAUCGAACAAGCCUUUGGAAUAUCGAAUAUGGUCAAUAUUUCGGACGGUCUAGCAGCCAUUGAGGCAGCUGGUCUGGAGCUGGUGGUACAUAGGGACCUGGCUGUGGACGAAGAUCGCCUUGACUAUGCGCCGUGGUACUGGCCGAUGGGAGGAGAUCUCAGGUAUGCUCAGACAAUAUGGGAACUCAUUUCAACUUUGAAGAAGACCAGGUGGGGCGUUAUGCUUGCUUCCGUUUUCUUGGGCUUGUUAGCAAUGCUCCACAUUGCACCGACCGGCGCAAAGAAAACGCUGGACACCAUGGGCAAGGGAGCAGACGCAUUGGUCACUGCUGGCCGCCAAGGAAUAUUUACUCCGAUGUAUUUAUUAGUAGCAAGAAAGCCCAAACUGUAA